CAGCCGGCAAUUGAGAAAACGCCAAGAAGCUGCGCCAUUUGCGAUUUCGCGUACAUCUUACGUUACUUUAUGGCGGAACAGCCGUCGCGGCUCUUUAGUAUACGCAAUUGUCGUUAGAGAGCUACCUCUCUUUGCAGCAGGUGAGGUCAAAUGCAGAGGUAAGGAGCGUUAUUAGGGCUUUGACAAGUGGAGGAACAUACUUAAGUUUGGAGCUAAAAAAUAACAAAUGGACGAAAAUAACACGCUACUGACCGAGAGCCUCGCAAUAUGGCUGCAGACCUUCAACACUCCUGCACCUUGCAGAACAGUAGAAGAGCUGACCACUGGAGCGGCAAUAUCACAAGCUCUGCAUCAAAUAGACCCAGCAUGGUUCACUGAUGGAUGGCUGGGUCGGAUCAAAACAGAUGUUGAGGAUAACUGGAGACUGAAGAUGAACAACCUGAAGAAGAUCCUUCAGAUGGUGAUUGAUUAUUAUAAUGAGGUCUUGGCCCAGGAAAUCUCUGACUUCCCCUUGCCAGAUCUGUCCCUGGUGGCAGAGCAUUCACACUCCGUGGAGCUGGGGAGGCUGCUGCAGCUCGUAUUGGGCUGUGCUGUCAGAUGUGAGCGCAAACAAGAAUACAUUCAGAUCAUCAUGACCUUGGAGGAGUCUGUGCAGCAUGUUGUCAUGACAGCCAUCCAGGAGCUCAUGAGUAAAGAGAUCAUGGCCCCGUUUGGAGCAGAACUGUCUGGGGACUUGGAACAGCAGUUGAAAAAAGCCCAAGAGGAACUCACUGAACUUCUAGCAGAGAAGGAAGCAUUAGCCCAGCGCUGUCAAGAGCUGGACAUACAGGUGGCUGUUCUGCAAGAGGAACGGAACAGCUUAUUGGCUGAGAAUGACGUCCUAACGGACCGAGCCAAUCAGCUGGACACAUUCGACCACCCAAGCACCCCGUCAGGAAGGAAACACAACCAGUUGCAGCAACAGUGCGAGGCACUUCAGGAGGAGAACUUCAGGCUGGAGGCUGCUAAGGAUGACUACCGGAUCCACUGUGAAGAGUUGGAGAAGCAGUUGAUCGAAGUCCAGCACCGUAAUGACGAGCUCACUAGCCUGGCAGAAGAGUCUCGAGCCCUCAAAGAUGAACUGGAUGUUCUGAGGAAUUGCUCAGAUCGGGUGGUGAUGCUGGAGGCCUCAGUGGAUACAUACAAACGUAAACUGGAAAAUCUAGGGGAUCUGAAGAGGCAGAUGAAGCUGCUGGAAGAGAACAACAUGACCUACAUGCACAACACUGUCAGCUUGGAGGAAGAACUGCGCAAGGCCAACGCUGCCCGCACACAGCUUGAGACAUACAAGAGACAGGUCCAGGAGCUACACAGGAAGUUGUCUGAGGAGUCGCGGCGAGCAGACAACUUGGCCUAUGAGAUGACCAAAUUAGAGGAAAAGCAUGAAACUUUGAUGAAGGAGAAAGAGAGGACCAUCAUUGAGAGAGAUUCUCUAAAGGAGAUCAAUGAGGAGCUGCGAUGCACUCAGGCUCAACAGCACCAGCUUUCCCAAGCAGGCAUUCUUCCUUCUGCCAGCCCUAGCCAUGAUAACCUGGCAGCUGAGUUAAUACCCAUUGAGUACAGAGAAAGGUUCAUCAGGCUGCAGCAUGAGAACAAGAUGCUGAGGGUGCAGCAGGAGGAGUGUGAGAGGGAGAAGAUCGCCACACUGCAGGCCCAGCUGGAGGAAGCACAUAAGACACGCAGUGAACUGGACACCGAGAACAGAUUGAGUCGAGAGCGGAUCAGUGAGCUGCAGCAGCAGGUGGAGGACCUUCAGAAAGCUCUGCAGAGCCAGGCGGCCAAACCUGAUGAUUCAAACCUGAAGCGGAAACUCGACGCACACAUGGUCCAGCUGAACGAGGCUCAGGACGAAAUCAUGAAGAAGAAAGAGCUGCUGGAGGACCUUCAGCCUGACAACACGCAAACUUCCUUGAAGCUGGAUGAGUUGAUGGCUGCUCUGAAGAAGAAGGAUGACGACAUGAGGGCCAUGGAAGAGAGGUACAAAAUGUACCUGGAGAAAGCUCGCAACGUUAUCCGAGCGCUGGAUCCAAAGCUAAAUCCAGCCACUGCUGAGAUCCAAGCUCUGAAGAACCAGUUAGCAGAUCGGGACAAGCAGUUUCUCAUCCUGGAACGUCAAUGUGAGCAGGCCAAACUGAGAGAGUAUGAGGAGAAGCUAAUCGUCACGGCGUGGUAUAACAAGAGUCUAAACUUUCAGAAGCUGGCGAUUGAAUCCCGUCUCAGUGGCUGCACCUCCUCCGUGCUGUCCCCCAGCCAGUCCUUCUUGUCCCAGCAGCGGCAAGUCUCAAAUGCCCCACGUCGGGCGCUUUCCAUCAGCAUGCCUGCCACUACCUCAAAGUAGACCUUGUCAUAGAGCCAAAUGUCUCUCGUUUAUUCCAUUAAGGGAUUCAUUCUCUCCCUCACUCCCACCCGUGAGCACUCAAGUGACCUUAAACACAUCUGCUCUCGGUGGUUGGGGAGGGGUCACGUAUUGGCUCUUUGGGAUAGAUGAGCUCUAACUCAUCAAACGCAACCGUAAAGGUCACCCACCUAAAACUAUAGCAUUCUGUCCCACAAUCCACCGGCUACAGGCUGACCUUUUUAUAAAACAGGAACCUACAUCGC